CUCAUUUUCAUCAUAGACUCACAUCAAAGAGAGUAAUCCCAGUAGAUUCUACACACAAGCAGAUCCAUUUCUUCAUUUCUCCCCUUUCAUUCUUCGCUAAACCCUAACCCUAGUUCUCUCCAUUCCCAUUUCUCUGCUUCGAAAAUGGCCUCCACUGAAGAACCAGUUGUUGCAAACGAGGUUGCAGUUGAACCCGCCGCUCCUGAACCGGUCAUGGAGGAGGAGAAUAACCCUCCAGCCAAGCCUGAAACUUCCAAGAAAGAGCCUAAGGCUAAAAAACCCGCUGCCCCCAGGAAGAAGACCGCUUCCGCUCAUCCUCCUUACUUUGAGAUGAUUAGCGAUGCGAUUGUGACAUUGAAGGAGAGAACUGGAUCAAGCCAGUACGCUAUAACUAAGUUCAUUGAGGAUAAGCAGAAGAAUCUUCCACCGAAUUUCAAAAAGCUGUUGCUGAAUCAAUUGAAGAAGUUUGUUGCUUCUGGUAAGCUGGUGAAAGUCAAGAGCUCCUACAAGCUUCCAUCGGCUCGUUCUGCUGCUGCGGCUUCUAAGCCGGCCGCCGCUGCUGCUCCGGCGAAGAAGAAGACUGCUGUAGCUGCUAAGUCAAAGGCAGCCAAGGCCAAGCCCUCUGCAAAGCCCAAAGCUGCUGCGAAGCCCAAGGCGAAGCCCGCUGCAAAGGCGAAGCCCGCUGCAAAGGCGAAGCCCGCUGCAAAGGCAAAGCCCGCUGCAAAGGCGAAGCCCGCUGCAAAGACGAAACCCGCUGCAAAGGCGAAGCCCGCUGCUAAGGCAAAACCCGCUGCCAAGCCUAAGCCUGCUGCCAAGGCUAAGCCCGCUGCUAAGCCCAAGCCCAAAGCGACUGUUGCUGCUAAGCCUAAAGCUACUCCUGUGAAGGCAAAGGCGGCGCCUAAGCCAAAGGCUAAGGAGACGAAGCCAGUUAAGGUUGCGAGGACAGCUACCAGGACGACUCCAAGUCGGAAAGCAGCACCUAAGGCGACGCCAGCCAAAAAGGAGCCAGCGAAGAAGACACCUGCUAGAAGCGUGAAGUCGCCAGCGAAGGCCUCCACGAGGAGAGGGGGAAGGAAGUGAGAGAGCAGGAAUGGAGGAUUUGUUUGUGUAGGGGUAGUCCUGUAAAUUUCCUGAAUCUUGGUGGGUAAUUUGGGUAUUUUGCCCUUUGGGAAGCUAUAGACAAUCGGGUUUUAAUUUUUUCUUCUUUUUUUUUUUGGUUCUUCGUCUACAAUGUUAGAUUUCUUUUUUCUUUUUAAUUCCCUGUAGGCAUUUGAAACAACAGUUCUACUGUACUGAUAUGUCAUUUGUAGUUAUGAGAUGGUUGGAGUUUAUGCCUUAUGCUUAUAAAUUAUUGUUCUCGUUCUUA